AUGACGCUUCACGCAAACCUCGAUGAGAAACAAUCCAAAGCCUUAGACGAGCUCAAAGAUGUCCUAGAGAAAUCCGGCGACUACAAUCCCGGAAGAGAAGGAUCCAAGCCAUCGCAUUCUGAUGCAACACUGAUACGGUUCUUGCGGGCUCGGAGAUACUCUCCGACCGAUGCUGCUCAGCAUUUCAGAAAUGUAGAGAAAUGGCGAACCGAACAUGACGUAGACAAUCUGUAUCGAGCCGGGUUCGAUGUCCAAGAGUUUGAAGAGAUGAAGACGUUUUAUCCCCGGUGGACGGGGAGAAGAGAUAAACGUGGUUUACCAUUAUACGUGUAUCAAUUAUCCAGUUUGACCCCUGAUGUCAUGAAGAAACUUAGCUCGGUACCGUCCGAAAGGAGGUACCAACGAAUCGUCGCACUAUACGAGUAUAUGCUUAAUUUUGCGUUUGCUACGUGCACCGCACUACCCCCGCCUGAAUCCAACUCUGAUUCAGUCCUUCCCUCUCACAUUGCACAAGCAACUAAUAUAAUUGAUAUGCAAAACACGUCCCUCAAACAACUAUUCCACUUCCGCGCACACCUACAAGAAGCCUCGACACUAGCGACAGCAAAUUAUCCGGAAACCCUGGGUACGAUUUUCGUAGUUGGUGCACCUGGAUGGUGGAGUACAGUUUGGGGUUGGGUCAAGGGAUGGUUUGACGAACAAACCCGAGCCAAGAUCCACAUUCUUCCCAACCCCCUACCGCAGGAUAGCGAAUUACUAGAGAGUAUACCCACUUCAUCGCUCCCCAAGCAAUAUGGCGGACAGCUGGCAUGGGAAUAUGGGGUUGAUCCAUUUUUAGAUGAGCCGGAGACUGAGCUCUUGAGAUCUGCUGGAAUGGCUGCUGACGAGAAGUUCGUCACGGGCCCGAUUAGUUUGAAGCCCAAGGAGGGAGGUGGAUGGGUGCUUGAGAGGUAUGGGAGAUAA